UAAAGUUGUUUUCUUUAGUCUAACCAAACCGCGUUUUCCAAGAACUUUUUUGUCAUUUCACCCCCUUCAACUCUUGACUGUCUCUUCUGCUUCUACUCUCCUUCCUUCUUUCCUUCUUCCUUUCACUUUAUCCAUUUUCAUUUCACGAUCCAAACCCUAACCAACUUACAAUCUUAUCUUACUGCUGUUAUCUUUCGAUUUCAUAUGGCUGCUGAGAACGGUGAAGAAAAGCUACUAGCUGUUGCACGUCACAUCGCCAGAACCCUCGGUCACAAUGACGACACCAUGGCCGACGAUAUUUUACAAAUCUUCUCCAACUUCGACGGUCGUUUUUCUCGUGAGAAAUUGGCUGACGACGAUCCUCGUCCUUCUGCUCCUCUUGAACUCUCACUCAAAUCCCUCGACCGUCAGAUCUCUCAAUAUCUUGCUUCUGACCGUCCGAUCUGGGCUGACUCUGCCGAUUCCUCCGCUUUCCUUGACUCUAUCGAUGAGUUAAUCGCCACCUUAAGACACUGGAGUCCUAUGGCUGCUGAUAAAUCCAUCAACUCUUGUUUAGUACGCGCUGACGACUUGUUGCAACAGGCCAUGUUUCGUCUAGAGGACGAGUUCAGAUCUUUGAUGGAACGAGGUGGAGAGUCGUUUGAACUCUGUGAGUCUACUGGUAACUUCUCGUUUGAUUCAGAAGACGAAGAUGAAGAAACUCUUGAUGACCAGCAGAUCCCUGUGGCACAACCACUUAGCGAUUACGAUAUCAUCAUCGACGCUCUCCCCUCUGUUACAAUUAAUGAUUUGAAUGAGAUUGCGAAGCGUAUGGUCAGUGCAGGGUUCGGUAAAGAGUGCUCCCACGUGUACAGUAGUUGCCGGAGGGAGUUUCUAGAAGAAAGCUUGAGUAGGUUAGGCUUACAAAAGUUCAGCAACGAAGAGGUGCAAAAAAUGCCUUGGCAAGAUGUUGAAGAGCAAAUUGAGCGUUGGGUCAAAGCUGUUAAUGUUGCUUUGAGGAUUCUCUUUCCCAGUGAAAGACGGUUGUGUGAUCGAGUGUUUUUUGGGUUCUCUUCCGCGGCUGACUUGUCAUUUAUGGAAGUUUGUCGCGGGUCGUGCAUUCAGUUAUUGAAUUUUGCUGAUGCUAUCGCUAUCGGGAGCCGAUCACCGGAAAGAUUAUUUAGGGUUCUUGAUGUGUUUGAGACUUUGAAAGAAUUAAUGCCUAAUUUUGAGACUGUUUUCUCUGAUCAGUAUUGUUUGGUACUUAGAGAUGAAGCUUUGACUAUAUGGAAAAGAUUAGGAGAAGCCAUAAGAGGGAUUUUUAUGGAAUUAGAAAAUUUGAUUCGCAGGGACCCUGCUAAAGCUGCCGUUCCUGGAGGCGGGCUUCAUCCCAUUACUCGUUAUGUCAUGAAUUAUGUUCGAGCUGCUUGUCGAUCCAGGCAGACACUGGAGCAAAUUUUUGAGAAAGAUUCUUCUUCUUCAUUGUCGGUCCAAAUGGCUUGGAUUAUGGAGUUAUUGGAGAGUAAUUUGGAAGUCAAGUCUAAAAUUUAUGGAGACCCUGCAUUGUGCUCUAUAUUUAUGAUGAAUAAUGGAAGGUAUAUUGUUCAAAAAGUGAAAGAUAGUGAAUUGGGAUCGCUUCUGGGUGAUGAUUGGAUUAGAAAACACAAUGCAAAAGUUCGCCAAUAUCAUUCCAAUUAUCAGAGAAGUUCGUGGAAUAAGGUUUUGGCAGUUUUGAAGUUGGACAAUAGCAAUUCCGCUCCCAACGGUGCUGCUCCUCCUGCUGCAAGGUCUAUGAAAGAUAAGCUCAAGUCGUUUAAUUCAUUAUUUGAUGACAUAUGUAAAACUCAGUCUACCUGGUUCAUUUACGAUGAGCAGCUUAGAGAAGAAUUAAGAAUCUCUCUGGCAAAAAUUUUGUUGCCGACAUAUGGGAACUUUAUUGCAAAGCUUCAAAAUGUUCCCGAUGUGAAGCACCCUGAAAAGCUUAUAAAGUAUGGUAUGGAGGAUGUUGAGGCUUGGAUUAACCAAUUGUUUCAGGGAACUGGUGCCUUGUCUGGUGGCAGAAAGUGAAAGGUGUUUCGCAGUUCUCUGGUAGACUGCUUCACAUGGAUGGAGGCUAUCCCAAAAUACAAACUGAGAAUCUGCAACACAAGUUGGAGUAAUUUGAUUGUAUAAGAUUGAGCUUUCCGGGAGGCCAGUCCCACAGCACCCUCUGUCUGUUACUGUAAAACCUGUUGCACAGACAUAUAUCAAUGUAAAUUGUGUUAUUUUAACUACAAUGUUUUUAUUAAUAUAAUUUUUUGCUAGGAUACGAUACAGUGUAUUAGACAUAUAUAAAGUUGUUUAUAUUCACUGGUGCAACAUGUGUAAACUACUGGGAUUAACUUUUUAAUAUUUGGGGUUUACCUUGGUUGAAAAAUCAGG